AUGUCUGCUCUUUCCUUUGUCUUCCUGACUCUCUGCUGCUCCGCUGUGCGGGUGCAUGCGUCCUGUGCAUAUGGCACCCAUCUCCAUGCCCGUCAAGACGAGGACGGCUCCGUUCCGGUGAACAAGUUUGGCUACACCGGCGCCAUUGGUCCGCUGAACUGGCUGUCGCUGGAUCCGGUGGCCAACGUCGCCUGUGCUACCGGCCGAAACCAGAGUCCCAUCGACAUGACGGCCGAUCAAUUCAGCCUGUUAACGGCGGCCAGUGUCAGUCUGGUUGUGCCCGACAUUGCCGAGACCGAGAUCGAGAACCUGGGGACGACCGUCGAGGUGGUCGUGCCGGCUGAGGCGGCUGCCGGCAUGACCGUCAACGGGACAGCCUUUUCGCUGAAGCAGUUCCACUAUCACCUCCCGAGCGAGCACCUCGAUGAUGGUCGAUCGUUUGCCAUGGAGAUGCACAUGGUCUUUGAAUCAGCUGUCGGCGAAAUUGCCGUUCUUGGCGUCUAUCUCGAUACGGCCAACGGGCCUGGCAACGUGACAUCGGCCGCCUCGGCAGCCUCGACUGCAGAGCGCCGGCACGCACGAGAUACCUUGGUCACGCGCGUCGACAGCACCGCCACGCCCAGUGGCACCGCUGCAUCCCAGUCGGUCAUCGACGCCAUCCUCAGCGCCCUCGGACUCACCGGGGGGGCUGCCACGGCCGAGAAGACCACAACGACAACGAAUGCCGCUGCCAGUGCCAAAAAUACCUCGACCUUGGGCGCCGCUACAGGCGGCACCAGCCUCGUCGACACCGUCUUUGCCGCAGCCGGAAACGUCUCGACGCCCGGCACCAAGGCCAAGAUCGGGCCGCUCGCCAUGUCCGGGCUGAUCGACAGCAUCCAGGCUGGCUCUCUUCAGUCCUACAAAGGAUCCCUGACCACGCCUCCCUGCUCCGAGGGCGUCAGCUGGUUUGUCUCGACGCAGAAGCAGACCGUCUCCCUUCAGACAUUCGAGACCGCUCGCAACAUCAUCGGGUUCAACAGCCGGUUCCCCCAGAACAAGCUGGGCCAGGACAACCUGCUGGCCUUGGCCGUGUCUACCAAGAAUGGCGUGGCAGCUGCGGCAGCUGCGGCAGCUGCAGCUGUCGCUACGGCCUGA